AUGACGACCGAUGCACUCGCUCUGAUGGCAGUUGCCCUUGCAGAAGCCAGCCCAGGAGGGGUCCCGGGGAGCCAGGUCCCAGCCCUGCUCCGAGCCGUCUCGGCGCUGGCUGGGCCCGCGGCUUCCUCGUCGACAUCACUCGUGCAGCGCCGGAGGCGGCGCCGUUCGGGGGCCUCGGAGUCUCUCCCUCAGCUUGGACGUGCUCCUGCCUCCUUGAGGCCGCGGCAGCAGCAGGCAUUCCGACGUUCGCAGCGGCAGUCGUCGCGCCUUCCGCCGUUGGGGCGUCGCCUCGCACCCCAGUCGCAGCAGACACCGCCGCCGCCAGCACGGCCGGCGACACCGGCGCCGUCUGUGUCGGGCCCCUCGUCCUUCCAUCAGUAUUCAUUCCAAGGCCCCCCUGUGCAGCACCCAUGGGUUCCAGUAACGCCUCCUGCCCCGCCGCCCCCUCAAGCCGUGGUUCCUGGUCAGCCUCCAACUCUCGUCGAGCAGCGCGUGAUGCACGUGGGGACUUGCUUGACGCUCUUGUCGUACGUGCUAGACCAGCUUCACGUGACUCUGGUGCAGCAGGAGGUGCAGAUCGGGGCAAUGCAGCCAGCGGAGCAGACGGCGGCAGUGGCGGCAGCGGAGGAGUUGCAGCAUUACCUCCCGCUGAUUGGCUUUGUGCCGGGCUCCCCCGGGGCUGCCCUCGGGCCCGGCCCUGGAGCUUUGGCACGGCUUGCCGAGUCUGCCCAGGAGGACCCUCUCGACCUUGUAGCCGCUGCCGCGUCCGUCCUACGCUGGUUGGACGGGCGGCUUUGCUGGAUCCUGAUUGAGUAG